GCAGGCAGUUGGGGCAGUAAAGAAUUUUCCUGGCUUUAUCUACCCCAGCACUAGCCUCGAUUAAGCCCAAUCACAAUGCUGCAGCUGCCUUCUUCACGACUCCAUUCGCGUAUAUGAAGACGCGUGAAAAGUAAAUACUUCUCAAAUUUUCGCAAUGAGAAAAUCUCGACUAUUGCUUGCCACACUCAUAUCAGCGUAAUCCAGGUGCCUCGUAGGGAUUAGUAAAUAGCCAUGGACGAGUUCUUAGGCAAGAUCACACAACAUGCUAUGAACUAUGCCAUAAGAGCAGGAAUCGGAAUUACAGCAUCUUACACUCUCAGACAAACUUCACGGCUGCUCAAGACUGUGGAUAAUAGUACUGACUAUCGAGAACUACAUGCUCUUCAGGAAAGACUGAAUAGCAAAAUCAGAAUAGUUUCUCCAGCAAUCGAUCUGAUAGAGCUCAUCUCGGCCAGGGGAAACACAACCUUAGAAUCUGCGGUCACGCUCACUAAAGGCCUUCGAUGGGAUAUUCAAGCUCUUGGUGUGCGACUUGCCAAGGCCGCCACUGCUGAAGAGUCUUCUCGGAGGAAAAAGGCAAAUACUAAAGCAGCUCAUGAGGUCGAAAUCCAUCUCAUAGUUCAGGAUAUCAAGCAUCUCCUUGUCCGUAUCGAAGAUGCAGUUCCUCUUAUCAAUCUGGCCAUCACCACUUCAGGUGCCAGUCUUUCAACCACUUUGCCAGCUUCUGUAUCCCCAUCCAGAUUACUGCAGGCCAGCACAUUUCUCACUGCCGGGGAUACCCAGUACUCUAUGAACCCAUCUACUUCAGUUCAAGUUGGUCCCGCUUUUACGCUCUCACUUUACAUGCUCUUUGCUGGACAUUCUUACAGAGUGCAUGAUUCAGAGAGCAUGAGAGAUACAACCUGGAAGGAAGUUAUACACAAAGCUAGAGUCAAGCUUAUGCGUAUACCUCUUCAACAUAUGCACGGAGAAGAAAUUCCAGUUCUUGAAUCUAUUGAGAAUGGCAGCAACAAGAAUCCAAUGAUGUCUGGAGACGGUCGGCAGAACGAGUAUGCGUAUCACAUUGAAAUGAUUGAGGAUUUGGAAGACGACAGGGUACACACAUUCGAGGACGAUGUACCACAACCUGGACCGUAUGGAGAUGUUCAACUUGCUGGUAUCCGGGACUUUCUACCAAUAUACCAGAUCUCCAAGAUCUUCUAUGCAGAUACGGGGAAAAUUCUCAAUAUUGGCAAUCAAGGCGAGAUAAACAAUCCCGUCCUCUUACUCAAGAGAGACAUCAAUGCACAGCCUCCCAGAAGAAUGAUGGAAGAGGGUGAAAAAGGCAAUGAAUGGUAUGAUGAGCCCACAGAGGAGCCCGAGGCAUUGGACGAAGCUGUGUCUGAGACUUCAGGAACAGAAGAGGGUGAUUCCCAAGACGACAUUGACCAGCAGCUUCGAAGAGAAAGUACCGUUCCCAGAACUCAAGAGAUCGCCCACGAGCAGGAAAUUGUGGACAACCGUGCAUGGCGUCUUCCAGCGGAUCUAGAUCCAGAAUGGAUGGCUCUCGAAGUCUAUACCGAAUCUGAGGAUUCCGACUCAGAAGAUGGGCUAGACGUGAACGACGACUCAGCAUAUAUGUCCCACAGACCAAGCUCCUCUGGUGAAGAGCAAACCGAAGAGGUCUUAGCAGAUGAUCUCGCCCACCUUACUAUCAACCCAAAGCCCUCUCCAGCCCCGUCUGCUCAACAAGUCACCAAUUCAUCCUCAUUCUCGAAAUCCUCCGCGCCAAAGCCCUCACCUCUCGGUCCAAUCCGCUCCUCUCUCUCCCUGCUCGAAAUGCUCAUCCGGCUCACCGCGCUCCAACAAUUCCAACAAUCUUCUCACCUCUCCAUACCCGACGAGCUCCUCACCUUCUUCCUGGAAGAGUCAUCCACCACCGGAGCUGGAGGCGACGGCGAGGAACGCCGUCGAACCCGUCGCGAGGCCAGACAGAAGGUCGGCUUCGAUCCCUACGAUGAGAGUCCGGUGAAGCGAAGAGGUGAGGAAUAUCAGUAUCAGCAUCAAGGCCAAGAUGGGUAUGCUUAUUCACGAGGUGGAACUCCAUACCAGGAAUACGACCAAAAUGAAGGGCACCCGCCUGGUAGUCCGCGGUGGUCUAGAGAACAAAGUCAAAGUAUGCCGCCUCAGGGUACGCCCGAGCCAUGGUUGCUUAGGAGUAGAGAGGGUUCGGGAUCACGGAGGGGAUCGCCAGAUGUGCGUCCUUCUUCGCCAGUCUCGCCAUAUCGACCGCAACGGAAGACGACAAGGCCAUUGGAUCGAGUACAUGCGGAGCUAGGCACGGCGAAGGGCAGUCCGCUGGGACGAGGGGUGAGUGUUGGAACUGACAGCACCCUUGGUACGAGCCCUGGAUCCCCGACACUUGUUCAGAGGCAAGUAAUUGUUUAGAAGUUUAGAUUGCAUUCUAAACAUGUUUUGUUGGAACUUUCAGCUGUCCAGCAAUACAAUACCACUCUGUUUUUGCUUCCAAGCGUCGUUUUGAUUCUGAUAGAGUGCAUUAUUCUGGGUGCUUCUAUCCACUUCCCUGGAGUCUCGAUUAUCCUGCGGUUCUAGUUCCCAGUAUUUUCCCAAAGCCCAUCUAUACUUCACCACUGAUGAACAAUUGACUCAUUUGUUCAUAGUUGAAUCCAUAUCGGUAAGCAACCAAGGGUUACCAAAAAAUUGGUGAACAAUUCCGAAUAUGUAGGAAGUCAAACACCUUGCUGAAUUAACUAUGCUACACCGAAGCACAUGGGCUGCCAGCCGCAUGGAGAUAGUCAAAGGCUCGGAGAAGUCCGAACAUAUGAACCAAGCCGGCGAAGAUCACCAGGAAAUGUAGGAUCUGGUGGCUGCUCCCAUAUAUGUCAUGCCGGAGCGGAUACCACCUUUCAGGCACCUAAUGAGAAGUUAGGAGCAGCUUGGAUAGGUCUGAAGUAUAUCAAUACGCACACGAGAAGCAUAAGCUACUGCCCCAGCGAUGUUGAGGGAUCCCAUCACGGCCAUCCAUUUGAGGCUCAUCCUGUGCUUUUGAAUCUCCCAACCGUGGAUGACCAAGCCGUGCACGAUGAAUACGAUAGCCGAAAGGCCCAAACCUGCAUACAUCGCUGCUCGCCACGGCCGCAGGUGACGUUCUCGAAAUAUUGGGUGGAGAGUAACAUAUACGCACACAGCAGCGAGGAUUGUAACCUAAAGAUAAGUCAACUCUACAAUGCCCAUUGCUUCGGGCUUUUGGAGCGAGACUGACCACUACCCAAUAUAGCUUUUGGAGCUUUGCGUCGCAAUAGAAUCCAUAGUAAACGGACGGUAUGGUUGAUCCCCACAUCAAAAUCACGAUCCCCACAUAAUCAAGCUGGUUUCCUUGCCGAUGCACCAUUGCACUAUGGUUUCCGAAGAUGUGGAACCUUUGCAACCGUUCAGUUACCGCUCUUGCAGCGCAUUUGUCAAAGAACACUCACGAGGCCGAUAGGAAGAAGCAAAUAGCUACCCCAAAGAAGAACGUGGAGUAGACUACGAUGUCCCCUCUUGUGGCGCUGCUGUAACGGGGGAAAACAUUCGUGUAUAGGAUAACCGGGAGUAUCAGGAACAGAACAGAGCCGAACAAAUGGGAAUAAAUGUUCACUGUGUUCGGUUAACUUAGACAGAUAGUUCAAAUGGGAGUGGGAGUCAAGCCAAUUACCAGUUUCGUUAUGGAUGUGCGUC